AUGGAAACCAUUACUAGACAGGACAUCGAUAGGUUGGUGGGUAGGCACUGGGAUUUUUGCUACCAACCGUUGGUGGGCAGAGCCGGGGGUAUUCUUGUGCUUUGGAAGGGGGCGAUUGGUGCGUUCCAGGUGCUCUUCCAAUCGAACCAAUGCAUUAUGGGGACUAUGAACAGGUUGAAUACGGUUGGGUGGGAGAUUGCUAUGGUUUAUGCAAACAAUGACAGAUAUGUCCGGAGACAACUCUGGGAGGACAUCUCCCGCCAUCAUACUGUGGAUGUCCCAUUGGUGGUUGGGGGAGAUUUCAACUGCAUAUUGCCGCCUGGGGAAAAGAAGGGUGGAAGACCUUUUUUUUAUUCACAAGCGGCGAGUGAAAUGGGUGAUUUUAUGGCGGCAAACGACCUGAUUGAUCCGGGGUUCACUGGUCCGGGGCUGACGGUGUCUCACUUAUCUAGAAUUACUUCGGAUCACUGCCCCAUUCUGUGCUCCGUUCAGGAGGAUGGCAAUAGAAGGUACUCACGGUGGAUCAAGUUUGAAGAUGUGUGGGCGACGUUUCCUAAAGCUUGGCAAAUUGUUUCAGAGAAGUGGAAGGUGAAUGAUACUGGAUCGGAGGCUACUAAAUUGCAGAAGAAGUGUAAACGAUCACUAAGGGCACUAUUCUUCUGGAGUAGGAACAAGAUAAAGAUGUUAAACCAGCUGAAAGAUGAUCUUGACAAGGAAAUUAGGAUCCUUCAGAAGCUCGAAUGCUCCCUGACCGGUAUCACUGAGAUCCAAUCUGAGUCUUUGAGAUAUAAGGUACAGUUACUUAAGGCUACGUUGGCUAAAAUUACUAUGUGGUGGGGGCAACGCGCCAAGGUGCGGUGGAUUGAGGAAGGGGACGGGAAUAACCGUUUCUUUCACUCCAUGGCCUCCGCAAGACGGCGAUCCAACCAAAUUGAGCAGUUGCAAACUUCGGAUGGGCUGAUCGCUAUGAAGCAGACUGAUAUCUUGCGGAUUGUUCAUGAUUUCGUUGCACAAAAGUGGAACUACACACCUAUUAUAGAGACGGGAUGGCCAUCCUUGGAGUCCCGGUUGGCGAGCAUGGAACAAUUUGCCAGACAUUUGGACAGGGAGAUUACGUAG